AUGUCCUUCAAAGUAGAAAGAGAGCUAGCCAUAGUAACAAUUGAAAAGAGCUCCGCCAUGAUCUUCCCCCAACUCUCAAUUCUUCUAUUCCUCCUUAUCCUGUUAAGUCAUGGCGGAUUUGUCUCCGUCACGACGACCACGACCCAUGAUGCACCUGUAAAAUGCAUCGGUUCGAUAGCAGAAUGUAACGCAGAUUUGGAGAUAUUAAUGGAGUCGGAGGUGACCAGAAGGUUCUUGGCGACCAAGUACAUAUCGCCCGGGGCUUUAAAGAGAGAUGAGCCAGUAUGUCGCGGUGGUGCUAGUGGUGAAGCUUAUAGCAAGACUGGUGGUUGUCUCCCGCCGCAGUCCAACCCUUAUAACAGAGGCUGCUCAAAAUAUUACCGUUGUAGAAGCGAUGCAUGAUUCCCCAGGAUCUCUGUGUGUGUGUUUAUGUGUGUGUUUGUGUGCGUGCACGCGUGAAAAUCAGUUGUUGAUCUCGUUUUUCCAAUCAAGUAAAUGGAUAGAAGUGGGUACUAUGUAAUUCAGCUUUCGGAUAUAUUUCGUGAGAACGUAGUAAUUUAGUUGCACAGCAUUCAAAA